GUAAGUUCAGCGACUCAUGCGACUCUCAAUUCCCAGUAUGCUGCAUCACUGAGAAACAUCAACCAAUGUCCAACUGGCAUGUGCAUCACUCCUUCUGUGGAGAGCACCCUGUUGUGGGACGCCGUUCUCUUUGUGCACAAAGGAUACUACCAGGAUUCUGUGCUGAAGUUCACCAUAAUGUUUCCCAAAAACUAUCCUGAACGACUCUCGAUGGUACGGUUCUUGAUGGACAUUUCCAUCCCCUGGUCGAACCCCGGACUGGAGCUUACAGAGCUAAUGCGCGUGUCUAGACCCAAAGAGCAUCAGAUACAUCAUGUUCUGCAUUUUGUGAAGAGCACGUUCAAGGAGCCCACUCUAGAAGGCACGAUACCCUCGUCGUUUGCGAUGUAG